GUCCUAUUGACCGAAGGUGGACUCCCCGAGAGAGUCGGGAAUGCUGGAAGCAGAAAGAGAGAAAAAAGUCCGACUCCUAAAACUGCACCAUGCGCCCCCGCCGCCGCCUGCUGCUGGAUUAACCACCGGGGAAGUCGUCUGUACAUUUACUAUGUGAAGUUGUGGACGGGUCAGAGUGACAGACGCGAUGUUUGUGGUGUGUUUAUCCGUGUUUGCGGCCGCCGGCGCCGCUCCGCAGAUACACAGAUGGACGAAGAAAUCCUGGAAGAAUGGAUCUGUAAAACAAAUGGGAAUGUCGUUUUCUUGCAUCUUGCUGGAGCUAGCUUUUCGAUGUGGGCGUUCACAGGCAACAGGAUUUUAAAAGAAAUUGAAUGAUGGCGUCACGUUGGGUUCCUUCUUGUGAAGAUGACGAGAUGCAACGAGCAAGAUUCUCUUUCUGUGAGAAUGACUCUCCAGAAUGGAGAAGCCCGGCUGAUUCUUCUGCAGCACAAUACCCAGCAGAGGAGGAGCCGUUCUCAUGGCCGAGGCCAAAAGCUGUGCGUUUAUGUCGCACAUCCCAAGGAUUCGGCUUCACCUUGCGACACUUUAUUGUUUACCCACCAGAGUCAAGCCUGCACUGCUUCCCGGAGGAAGAUCAUGGCCGUAGAGGGAGGCAGCGAAAUAGGCUAGAACCAAUGGACACUAUUUUUGUGAAGCAAGUCAAGGAAGGUGGCCCUGCUCAUGAAGCUGGGCUUUGCACAGGUGAUCGAAUAGUGAAGGUGAAUGGUGCAAGCAUCAUCGGGAAGGCCUACUGUGAAGUUAUAUCUUUGAUCCAAGACAGUGGUGACUUUCUUGAACUUUGUGUAAUGCCCAAAGAUGAAGAUAUACUACAACUGCCUUUUUCUGAGGAAACGACUAUUCUGGCCUAUUCCCAGGAUGCCUAUCUUCGUGGACACACUACCUACAGUGGAAAUGCUUGUCACAUCCCUGAUCCUCCCUCAGUAUGUUACCCCAGAGUAGACUGUAAGCCUACGGGCAUGGCCCAGGGGGCAGAUUCCGUGGGACAGGUCUGCCGAGGCCUAAUAGCAACUCCUGACCAUGGGUAUCGUAAGGAAAUCACCGUACCCCCUUCUCCUCCUCCUCCCCCCCCUCAACCAUAUCCUAAAACUCAAACGGCGGUGUGCAUUCGCAAUGACAGUGUUAGGACUGUGGUCGUUCCCUCCAAUGCAGCCCAUAUGGAUCGCCUGGGUCCAGUGCACAGGAAGGAUUUCAUGGAGCCUGUCUUUGUUAGGGGAAGACCUGGGUCAUUGGCUCAGUAUCCUCACCCUCGAAAAGCUGAGGUCUAUCCCAGUGGUACAGGAAUUGUUCCAUUUGGCGGUCAAGGACCUCACUACCCAGGCAACCAUCAAAACAUUGAUUGGCGCACUUACCAAACAUACAGAGAGUACAUUGACAACAAAGGAAUCCAUUCCCAUGGUAGUCGAACAAUUCAGGAGAGGCUAGACAAUUUACGAACUUCCGGUCAGGCCCCCUUUCUUAUUUCUCAUCACAUUCCCCGAGGAGACUGGGGACCUAAGGGGCUGCGACGAAGGAGUACGUCCCAUGAAAGGUCAUACCAAGGACCUCCACCAAACCUUCAGAUUGCACCACGCAGUGUCUCGCAGGACCGUAUCAGGAGUGCGGAAAAAAUGAGUCAUGCAAGGAACUGGACCCCUAGAAGCAUGUCCCAGGAUGGCCUUGUUCACAAAGCACGGGUGUGCUCCACAGAUUAUGCUGACCCAACAGAGUUGGCUCGACCUAGUGAGAGGAGAGGAGGGUAUGGAAGGGCGGACCAAGGCACAAGGCCCACCAGACAGUCUAUCCCGAGACAUGCCAUGAUCUACCGGCCUUCUGUUGGAUACAGUGGUGGAACGAGGGGGGCAAUGAAACCAUCUUUAUACUCCAAAGGACCAAAUUCCUUGCAAACCCGCUCCUCACCCAUGCUGUCUGACGGUCCCUUACUUAUUGGGAAGAGCACAAGUGCUGAACAUACUUUCGCUGACCAAAGAGUUUCAGUCAAAGGACAUUAUUCAGACCACACUAGCCAACAGGGCCAGAACAGAAUACGGGCAGAAACCAUGCAGCCUGUUGAUGCAGGCAGAGAUGCAGUUUUGGUAGGACUCAGGUCUUCAUCAUGCUCUACUCCAAAAGAGAUGCCUCAGAGGCCUGGCAUCCUAAAGGUACCACAGAUAGAUUGUCCGAGUCAAGUCAAUGGACAAAGCCCCUCAGAGACUGGGGUGGUUAUGAGGGAGAAACCACCUUCUGGGAAAAACCCCAGUCCCCUACGGCAUCCUUCCUACAUCCUGGCUGUAAAUGAUGAAGGAGCAGAUUCAUCGGCAGAUGUGGCGGCAUGCUGGCUUCCAAAUGAUGCACGUCGAGAGAUGCGCAUUCGCCAUCUUGGAGAACAUCACACCUCCUGCUCCAGCAACUUGGAUGAGUCUCUUGACUCCAUUCCAUUCAUUGAUGAGCCAGUCAGCCCCAGUGUUGACCGGGAGGCGGCUCCUAUUCCUCCCUCUGCUGUGAUAUCUGUUGCACCAUCCAUAGCUACGGCACCCUCCAGUCAAGGCUCACCGUGCCCUCCUAUUCGUCGUCAGCUAUCACAUGAUCAAGAGUCCCUGCGAAGUGCUUUGUUGGAUUCAGACACGGCCAGUAAAACCGAGCGGUCCAAGUCUUACGAUGAGGGUCUGGAUAACUAUCAAGAAGAAGGAAGAGGAAGAUCUUCAAGUAAACACAUGCCCAGUCUCAGGGGCCUGAGAAAGGCUUUGGAUGGGCAUAAAUCACCUGGAGACUCUGGAUCUCGCAGGGACUCUUCUUCUGAUAUCUUUUCUGACUCCUCCAAAGAAGGGUUGCUUAACUUCAGGCAGCUUAGUACAGAUAAAAAUAAGCGCGUUGGUGGAGGGAUGAGGUCUUGGAAGCAAAUGUAUGCUGUUUUACAAGGCCACACUCUGACCCUCUACAAAGAUAGGAAGGAUGCACUGUCUCAUGCUUCAGUGCAAUCGGAUGAGGAACCACCUCGAAUUAGCAUCAAGGCCUGUCUGAUUGACAUAUCCUAUAGUGAUACAAGGCGCAAGAAUGUGCUGCGGUUAACCACCUCAGACCACGAGUAUUUGUUCCAGGCCGAAGGGAGGGAUGAGAUGCUGUCAUGGAUCAAGGUCAUUCAGGAAAACAGUAACCCAGAUGAAGAGAAUGCUGCGGUAACAAGCCAGGAGUUGAUCAGUAGAAAGAUCAAAGAAUACAACAUGAUGAGUGCGCCCAGUAGCAGAUCUGAGCCAUCGCCCAAAACAUCUCGACAGUCUCUCAGCAUCAAACAAGCCUUCCUGGGGGGUAAAACGGAUAGCAAGAGCCAAGAUGAGUCAAGUCCUCCUCGGGACAGGGGAGCUUGGAAAAUUGGUCUUCCAGGCAUCAUGAGGAAACCCUUUGAAAAAAAGACUCCAGCUGGUGUUACCUUUGGGGUCAGGCUUGAAGAUUGUCCACUUGGACAAACUAACAGGUUUGUUCCUCUCAUUGUGGAGGUGUGCUGUAAGGUUGUGGAUGAGCGAGGUUUGGAUUACACUGGGAUCUACAGGGUUCCUGGGAAAAACGCUGACAUCUCCAGCAUGCAAGAAGAGCUCAAUAGCAAAGGCAUGGCUGACAUCGACACCCAGGAAGAAAAAUGGCGGGAUCUUAAUGUUAUCAGCAGUUUAUUAAAGUUGUUUUUCCGAAAACUUCCAGAACCUCUGUUUACAAACGAAAAGUAUGAUGAAUUUAUUGAGGCUAGCAGAACAGAAGACCCGCUGGAGAGACUAAAGGAGCUCAAGAGAUUGAUCUAUGAGUUGCCCGUGCAUCAUUAUGAAACUCUGAAUUUCCUUUGUGCUCAUCUUAAAAGGGUUUCUGACAACUGUGAAAAAAACAAGAUGGAGCCUCGUAACCUGGCGAUCAUGUUUGGUCCAACACUGGUCAGAACCUCUGAAGACAACAUGACCAACAUGGUCAAUCACAUGCCAGAUCAGUGCAAGAUAGUUGAGAACCUCAUCCAGCAAUUCGACUGGUUCUUCAGUGAUGAUGGGGAAAAGGAGCCUGUUACUACAACAGAGCAGGAAAGCACAGUGAAGUCCCAGCCUGUGCCCAACAUCGACCACCUGCUUUCUAACAUCGGCCGUACCACAGCCUCACCGGGCGAAGUCUCAGACUCAGCAUGUAGUGACUCGUCCAGAUCAAAGCAGGGCUUGUGGGGGUCGGGGAAGGAUCAGUGUAGCAAAGAAAUGCUGCGCUCUUCCUUCUUUGCCAAUCGCAAACGCAAGAAGCCCAAGGACAAAGUUCAUCCCAGCAGUUCAGACGACGACCUGGACCCUGUGUUCACCAGGAAGGAGCUCCCAAAGGAGGGCCAGCAGCAGCCUGUGUGGUCCCCUGACAGUCAGACCGAGGAAGAGGGGCAGACAGACGAUGCCAGCGAAACACACAAGUACAGAGACAGCUCAGAGGAACAGCUGGACCAAACCACCAGGGAGGAGUCGCCCCUCUCUCCCCCCCUCCUGCAAGAGCACAUUUCCUCCAGCCAUCGAACUGGUUCGCCCUACGCCUCGCCGGCCCAUUCCCCAAACCUCAGCUACCGCAUGCCGAUGACGCAGCAGUCCUCUCUGUCGGAUCCACCCUCCAAUUACGACGACACGGUGUCUGACCUCGGCACAAUGAACAGCACCAGCUCGCAGGCGUCGGUGCCCCGGGUGAGGCGCGGCAGGAUGGCAGCCCUGGGGACGGAGGCGUGCCCCAGCGGCCCGGGAGCAGAGGUCUGCUCCAUCACCUCAGACUACUCCACCACUUCCUCCAUGACCUUUCUCACUGGAGCCGAACACAACACCCUCAGUUCGGAAGUGCAGUCCGUGUCCGAGAGCCGAGGCGGGGAGGACGCAGACGACGAGAGGAGUGAGCUCAUCAGCGACGGAAGGCCGAUGGAGACGGACAGCGAGAGCGACCUGUCCGUGUUUACCAUCGGGAAAGCAGAACAGCAAGAACCACAGGAAGCUCCCCGCCCUCUCCCCUCACACAGACUCAUCGAGUGUGAUACACUCUCCAGGAAGAAAGCUGCCCAACAGAAAACGGACAGCGAGUCGUCGCUGGAUGGAGCUCGUAGCGACAAAGACUCCAACAGACUGUCACGCGUUCCCGGGUCGGGAAAGGGCCGUUCAACCGGAAGCCUCAGCUCCUCGUCCCGGAAUGAGCUGGAUAAAACGGAGCCGGCGUGGAAGCUGAAGAUCACAGACCGACUGAAGGUGCGUCUGCGAAUGUCUGUUGACGACAUGUUUGGCGUGGGCAGCCAGAGGAGUCGCUCCCCAGAGGGCCGCAGUAAGAAAAAGAACAUCCGGCGCAGGCACACGAUGGGCGGGCAGAGGGACUUUGCGGAGCUGUCUGUUUUGGGAGACUGGUCCGGCCAGGGCGGCAUCGGUUCAGGCUCCCGGUCAGAGCUGUCGGCCGUGGACCGGCUAAAACCCAAGUGUAGCUCUCAGGACUUUUCCAUCGGGGACUGGAUAGCACGGGAACGCCACCGCACCAGCAAUCCCGAGGUCAGCCUGGACCUCUCUGAACAGCAGGGGGCGCUGUGCAACACGACCUCGCAGAACCCCGGAGCCUCGUCCUCCUCUGAACUCCCGCGCCGUCAGGGCGAAGCGCUGAACGGGGAAGUCCCCCCGAGCAAAAAUCUGAGCCUUUCAGCCACCGCUCACCCACAUAAACUCACCAGUUCCCAGGUGGUCCAUUCGCGCUUCUAUCAGUACCUGUGAGAGCGACCGUUCGUGUUAAACUUCUGUGAGAUGUGUACCUAGUUGGGAGUCCGUCAUUGUGUCGUCUGCUGUGUGACUAAUGUCAGUGAAUGAGCAUGUUUACAAAAAUAGUUUGGAUUGUUUGUCUGUCAGUGGUUGUGUGCGUGUGCUUGUGAAAAGAAAAAUUGCUGCACACAUGGAUGGCUGAUCUUGCUCAUCAUCUGCAUGGAACAAAUUAUUGUUUUCACCUUUUAUUUUCUGUCUUUUUAUUAUAUUUUUUGACUCAGUGGGAGGAAUUCCUCCUCAGAAAUCCCUGAUAUGUUUUAAAGGACCUGUUGCUCAUGGAACACUGAGCUUGCAAAGUACAUUUAAAGAAGCGUGAACACUCGGGUUAAGAUUGCUCUAAGGUUUAGAUAAGUGGCUUUAAGGAUGACCAGGCUUAGAAUGAAUAGGAAAUAGUCAAAGUGCAAAGUUUUAGUAUUGCAGAGGAACUAUUUUUGUGUAGAGAAAGUUACAUGUUCAAAGUCAGUGAGGCUGUCAGUAACCAAAUGAAGAAUGUACAGACACUGCUUGCUGUAAUACUGACUAAAAGCUUUACAUGCUUGUGUUUCAUUCAAAAGUGUACAUAAUCCCUAUUUUUCUGUGUACUUGAAUUGUGUUUUUGGUACAGUCUGUGUGUGACUGCCUACAAGCUCUCUGCUGUCAAAGGGGCCUUUCUAAAGGUACAAACGUGACAAGGAGACACUGGACUUAUGCAAAAGGAAACAAGAGUUCAUAUUUAUCCCUGCUAUGUGGUUUAAAAGCAGUGAACAACUAAUGCAAAUGUCAUGCUGUGUUUUAGUGUUCGUGGUUCACACAUGUGGCAGUGGAUUUAAAUGAAGAGUAGAAGAAUUUAACGGUAAUCAAUCAGGAAAUGUUUCUUCACAAAAGAAAGUGCCUCACAAUGUAAUGUUAAGGGUGCCAUACUGUCUUUGUUGAGAUAUACGAAGAUGUUGCUGUGAAUGACACUGUUAUCGUUGAUUAAGUCAUUCUACAGGUAAUGAAAAUGCCGAGCUUCCAUUCUUUAGGCAUUCCACUCUGGUCUUAACAUGUUUUCUACAUCUUUAUCCUUUUGUUUUUCAUCUCGUUUUUAACAGAACUUGAAUUUUAAAUAUUCAUUGUAAAAUAAGUAAUUUAAAUGUACAUAUAGAUGCCAUGUUUUAGCUGCUUUACUUUGGAUUUCCAUCAGAUUGCAGGAUGAAGUACAGUAUUGUGAGACAAGGCUGAUGAUAAUGAUGCUCACGAAGCCUGACCGGGUGCUGUGGGCAGUUUGGUACUUCUGUGUGGAGAGAGGUUCGCUGUAGGAGGACACUUUGUUGAGCUGGCUCGUCUGUAUCAAUGCGGUGUUCUUCUGAUUUUGAGGGGUGUGCACAGACUCCUGAAACACUGGAAAUAAAUUUUGUCAAUGG